UCGUGCCCACGCCAGUGUAUCAUUGCGGCGCACCGUCCUUCCACCGAACCGAACGACCGAAGGAAAACACAAAGCGGCCGAAGAACCGAUUGACCGCCGGCAUCGGGACGACAUCUCUCGUGGACCAAGUCUCCGUUCGGUACGCGGGCAGUAGCGUUCGUUUCGCGCUUCUGCACUCGCCGGUGAAACUGUAUCCGUGGACCGUGCAAGAUUUUUAGGUGGUUUUGAAAGUUGUGCGUGGUUUUGUUGUAGUUUUUUUUUUUGACGCGCCACAUGGUUGUGUUUGUCCGGUUUUAGUGCUUUCUUGUGCCUAUUGCGGGAUGAAGCUGUUCAAAGCACGCGACUAACGAAGUGCGAUCGUGAACGAAAGAAGGAACUCAGAUAAAACGUACGGCGAGAUAAAUCAUCCGUUAAAUGUUUUGAUUUAUCGUCGACGCGAAAAAUGGCAACGAUCUGUUUCCGGCCGCCGCCGCUGCCGCCGAACAAGAAACCGAACGGCACGAACAACAUCAUCAGGAACCGGAAACAGUCGCACGGACUGUUGUCGUCGACGUACCACAGUUUCCGGGAUCCGGCCGACGAUCAGAUCGAGAUGCGGACGUUCGGCGGCGGCGGUGUGGGCGUCGGCAAGCGUUGUCGCCGCGUGUCGCACACGCAGGUGGCGUGUCGCGAGGACCCCAAAGUGGGAAUGGUCAGGAGCCAUUCGGACGGCAACCUGGACAAGUCGCAGGGCCAGGAGUUGUCGAUCAAUCGGUACAUGAGGGUGUUGAGCGGCAGCUGGAAGAAUCUGCUGAAUUUAGGCGGAAUGUCGCGGCCGCCAAAGCCGACGGCCACCGCUAAGAAAGUCGCACCGCCAGCCGUACCGCACGAGUUCCGUCACUCGGGAAGUUCCUUCGGAUCGGCGGGAUACGCGUCGUCCGAGGAGCCCACUUACCUGGCACCGUCCGAAGCCACAGGAGUACCCAGAGACGAUCAUUCGGAUUAUGGAAGCACAGUCAGUGGAAGUACCGGAAAAUCGCCGGGUCCGAUUUUUCCGGCGCCGUCGUUUACGUUCCCAGUUCCGCACGGCACCGUCCUCACUCACAAAUCGGCUGUGUACUAUCACCAUCAACUUAGUCUUCAAGAAGACCAGGGUAUUGACAUGACUCAGUCUCCGGGAAGAGACAGUCCUGGAUCGUCUAGUGGAAGCCAAGGGUCCGGUUCUAGACACAGCACUGCAUCGCUGGACAGCGGAAGAGCGUCGUACCAUCCCAUGAGUACCACUGGUAGAAGCACCAUCAGCUCAUCGAACAGCCCCAGAUGUUCGCUUAGUUCUUGCUCAAUUGGAUCCGAACAGGGACGGAUCGAGAGAAUGAUCCAUCAGGGUGUACCGGACCAAGAAAUCAUCCACUCUUGGUUGGUUGACUUGCAAUUUGAGGAAUACUUUUCUCUGUUCGUAUCGUCUGGGUACGAUUUACCUACCAUAGGAAGAAUGACACCGGAAGAUCUCACCGCCAUAGGAAUAACCAAGCCGAAUCAUAGGAAGCGAUUAAAGGCCGAAAUCGCACAACUUAACCUGCCCGACAACCUUCCAGAAUUCAUUCCGGGCUCUUUGGAGGAGUGGUUGAGCAUUCUAAGACUAGAAGAAUAUUUACCUGCUUUCAUCGAGCAGAGCUACCAAACUGUGGACGACGUUACACAGUUAACUUGGGAGGACCUCGAGGAGUUUGGUAUUGUGAAGCUGGGUCACCAGAAGAAAAUCAUGCUGGCGAUAAAACGGAUCAAGGACAUCAAGGCGGGCAAGCGUUUUAAUACUGAUUCGAGGAUUUAUGCGACGCAGGAUGUGAUGGUGCACGCCGCCCCUACCUCCGCCUCUGCCGGACCGCCGUCUCCGGGUGUCGUGGCCGCGCCGCCCCAAGUGCACAGCACCUUCCGUUCGUUCCACCAGCCGUGGGAGAUCGACCAGACACAACGGCUCCAGCACCACCACCACCAACAGCACCUCCAAUUCCAGCAGCACUACGUGCAACCGGUCUAUUGCACUGACAUUGUACCCAUCAAGAUCCGUACUGGUCGAGGUAAAUCCUUGGAAUCCCUCGAGGAUCCCAACGAGCGAACUCACCACACCUUCAGUGCAGAUAACACCCAGACCUUUUACUAUCAGCAACAAGGCAUAGGUUGGCGACCGCGGUCCUACGACGAUGGUGACAUCACUCCGACCAACGAGUCCGGAUUAUUGUACGAAGGCGGUGGCACCCUGCCAAGACCCAGGGGCGUGAUACGACCCAGACCUAUCGCCAAGAUUGCGGCCAAGGCCCGUGAAACGUUCCCGGACUUUGAAAAGCCGCAAUUCAACACCGAAACCUACGCGGGGGCGCAGUACAAAACAUUGCCCAGAGACAUGAUAAACACGAUGCACAUGCAAUACGGCAGCCCCCUGAUGGGAAAGAAGAUCCCCCCGAAUCCGCCUAAACGACAGGACAGUGCGGAAGGCGGCGGCGAACAGAACACGACCACCGUCGAAAUUCAUCACCACCAUCAUCACCACGUGCAGACGUCCAGUCCGCUACCUCUGCCCGCUUAUCCCAGCUCCGACAGUUUGAGCAUAUCGCUUGACGGACAAGGCGAUUUGCCGCUGCCGCCGCCUCCGGCCCCCGGCACACCGCCAGGCCGUCAGAGCAGUGAUUGCAAGCUCAACUCGUCUCAGUCAUGGGGAGCCGAGGAGCAGGAGCUGAUCAAGACGUUGGCACUGCAGCACAGGAACGGUUCUGAUGCCAGUUUUAAGUCGAGUUCGAGCACAGAAUCGGAUUCGCUGCCGUUCGCCAACGAAAAUGCCGGCACGAUAAGGACGCGGGCAGGCGGCCGCCAAACCGACUACGGAACAGCGCCAGCUUCCGUUAAAACCAGGGCGGCCGGAUUGCCGCCGCAUCCGUCACCGACGCCCAAUCGUCAGCCACAAGGUGGGGUGCCGCCUCAGGGCGCCGGACGCAACCAACGGACGGAACCGGCCGAUGUUCUGAACGACAUCGGUAACAUGUUGGCUAAUUUGACCGACGAAUUGGAUGCUAUGUUGGAAGAGGAGAAACGGCAACAGUAACAAGACUGAACACGUCCUUAAUACUUGUUUGUUUGGUUGUUUUGUAAUGGUAGAUCGUCGGUUUCAUUGAUGGUUGGGGAUGAUUGCGGACGGCCUCGCGGAACGGUAAACUGAGAUUUCAUAGGAGAAUUGAUUAAACAAAUUGUAAACGGUCAUGAUGAUGUUUGAACUUGCAUGACAAUAAUUUAAUAACUUUUGAUUUUGUGUUAAAUAGUUUAUGAUAUGAUUUCUGUGAUAAUUUUAUAAGCUUUCUAAAAUCUCAAUUCAUUUGUAACAAAUCCGAAUUAAUACUUACUAUUAAUUCUAAAAAAAAAUAAUGAAUUAUAUAAUAAUUUAAUAUUGACGAUAUUGAAAAUAUAACAAUGAUUAAAAAAAUAAAGCCAGUAAACUACAUUUUCCUAAGAAAUGGAAUCAAUUGUUGCUCAUAUAUUUUUUAUAUGAUUGUAGUCUUGAUAGAUGAUUUGUUUUUAUACAGUUUCAGUUAAAAUUGGUAGUGCUGAGAGGACCAAUAUUUUAUUAGAUAGGAAAACUUAACUAACAAUUGAUGCUGUUCCUUACAGUUUCAUCUCGAGGACGUCCGCGACAAAUUCUUAACAUUUCAUAGUUAUAUUAUUAUAAUUUUCCUAUAAGUUGUUGUAUAUAGAGAAUUUUAUUUUACAUUGAGGAUUUGUAAAUAGUUAGAUAAAAUUAUACUGUAUAAAAUGUAAAAUUAUUUUAUGAAUUAUAUUUAUGAGAAGCAAUGAAUUCACUAACAUUUUAUGUUGCUUUAAAUGAUUUUACGAGAACUUCACAAUUUAUGUGUAUUUAGUGUUUGAAAUUUUCAAUUAUAUUAAUUGAAAAACUGAAAUAUCUACGACCUACUUACAACACUCAACUAUGCGAAUAUAGUUUUUAAAAUCUAGCAGACAUUAAGGGCUGUGUCCUGUAACUUCUUACGAAGAAUAAUCGACAUAUCGAAAUCAAUCGACAUAUCGAUUAAUCGAUUUUUAUCGCAUUUUAAACACAGUCCUGCUUAGAUACAUUGUUGGCUGAAUUAAACAAGGCAAAAGGCGUUUAAGAAAAAAGUACGUCAGAUAUUCAAGUUAAUUUUAUAUUGCAAAAUAUAUAUUUCAAGGUAUGUAAAUAGAUAGAUCUGGUACUGAAAAUAGCCAAUAGAAGCAAUUAAUUAUUGAAUUUAGUAAAAUAUUUUGUACAAAGCCAUCAAUUUUAGUAUACGGUAUUUAGAAAUAGCAGUUUUGGUGUUUUAAUACCUCCACACAUACCCAUACUUUGAUCCAAACGUUAGAGGCGACACUGGCCGAAUCCUUAAUGAUUAUUGAUAACAUUUCCUUCCAUUUUAGUGCUGCCACGAAGUUUUGUAAUAUUUAAAUAAACGUUGCCAGGAUUGUGGUAAUAGCAUUUGGAUUGAAGACGAUUAUGGUCACACACCAUCAAAUCGCAAUGGUAGUCUCAUUUGUUUCCAAUAACAAAUGAAUUAAAAAAGACUGGUAGAGGAUUUUACAUAAGUGUAACCCUAUAGUUAUUUUUCAUGUCUUAAAUAAAAUACAGUAUGGUUGUAAAAAAUAAUUACACAACACUAGGCUAGAAUUUCAGAAACAAUUAUGUCUAUGCGUUGCCCCAUUUUCUUGUUCCUGGAUAUUUGUUCGUGUAGAUUAUUAAUUAUUUUUUAUAACCAUGAACAUUUUAAUAUCACACUUUUAAGCAAUUUGUGAUGGCUACAAAAAAACUAUACAAGCACUAGUCUUUUUUGUUUGUUAAUUGUUUUCUAUAAAUUAUAUUCUUCUCAUCUUUUCAAGUGCCAUAUUAGGAGCUAACUGCACUAUUUUAAUUUUUACUUAAU